UUUUACGCUCGAGUAUGUGUAAUUCAAAAGGAACAAUGUCGAUGAGAGUAGUGCAAUGUUGUGUAAUUUUGUUAGCCUUUUGUGCGAAUGUGCAUGCAGAAGGUAUGCGGGCUUCGGGUUCGGGCCCUGUUGUGAAGAAAGAAGAGAGGUGGCCCGUGGUGUCGAACGAGUACGGGCAGAUCUCAGCCGUCCGGAUUAGCGACGGCAUCAACGGCUCCUAUCUACUUCACUUCUUCAGCCUCCAGCCCACCUCUCUCCUGCUCCCUCUCCUUUUGAAUGCUCACAUGCUCUUCUAUGUCCACGCAGGGAGUGGGAGGCUGAGGUGGACGGAAGAUGACGAACUAAAGGACAUGAAUAUUCAGCGAGGAGAUGUACAUAGGCUUGUGCAGGGAACUGUGUUUUAUCUCCAAAGUGACGAAGGGCUUAAGAUCCAUGCCAUUUUUGCAAAUUCAAACGAUGACUUGCGUGAACCAGCAACAGAACCUUACUCUAGCAUUCAAGACAUGGUUCUUGGCUUCGACAAGACAAUUUUGCAGGCAACUUUCAAGGUAUCGGAACAAGUGAUAGAUGAGCUGUUGGACGGGACGAAACCACCGAUCAUCACACACGUAGAUGCCUUCUGUAGAGGUGACUUAAGCUGCGAUCUCAACAAGAAAAAGAAGGACAAGAAGGAGAAGGAAGAUAAGAAGGACAAGAAGGAUAAGGAGAAGAAACACGAGAAACUAUUCAAUGUUUUUGAAGGGGAGAAGACGUUUGAGAAUUGCAACGGAUGGAGCACAGUAGUGACGGAGAAGCAGUUGGCAGCAUUAGAAGGUUCAAGCAUUGGUUUGUUUGUGGUGAAGUUGAAAGCAGGAUCGAUGAUGGAGCCACACUGGAACGCGAUGGAUACAGAGGUGAUGAUAGUAUUGGAAGGGAUGGGGAUGGUGAGAGUGUCUAGUCCAAGUGUUACAAAGGGGAGAGUGAUGAGGUUGGAGGUGGAACAAGGGGAUGUGUUUGUGGUGCCUAGGUUCAACCCGGCAGCUCACAUGGCGUUCAACAACGGGAGUUUCGUUUACAUGGGGUUCACUAGAAUGGCACAAAGGAGUAAUGCUCAGUUCCUAGCCGGGAAAACAUCGGUGCUCCAGCUCCUUAGCAAAGAGGUGUUGCAACUUUCGUUCAAUGUGAAGCCAAGGACGCUGGACGAGCUUCUGGCUAAGCGAAACGACACUAUCAUCUCCCCCUGCAUAUCUUGCGCGGAGGAGGAGGUUCAGAUUUCGGAGCAAGGAGAACGAGAGGAGGAGGGUGGUAGACGCAGGCACCAUGGAGGAGGAAGGAGAGAGGAAGAACGUCGAAGAGAAGAGGAAGAGGCCGAGCGACGACAUGGAAGAGAAGAGGAAGGGGCCGAGUGGGGACGCGAAGGAGAAGAGGAAGAAUCCGAGGAACAAUGGAAGGUGAAGAAUCGGCAGUAUGUUGAUGGAGGUAGAAGAAUUCUCAAGAGGAAUUGAAGGAGUUUGGUGUGAGAUGCAUGUUGGCUUUUUUUACCCAAAUAAAUGGUUUGUACAAUUUGUUAUUUAAAGCGGAGCACUGAGUGACUCGUACAAUUUCAUAUGUUUCAACUUGCUUAUUUAACUUGGUAUGAACGACAAUAAACACGGAGUUUUUACACUUA